AUGGCUCCCUUUGGGGGCUCCGUGCUCUGGGCGAGGCUGGACAAGCUCUCGGAGGUUGCCAAGGUGAACACGGACGCCAUCCGCUUGGCCCAGGAGGAGAUCUGCGAGUACCGCCGCCAGCUCCAGUCCAAGACCACCGAGCUCGAAGCCCUCAAAGGGACCCAGGAGUCACUGGAGAGGCAGAGACAGGACUCGGAGGAGCGCCAUCAUGCAGAUGUCCUGUCCUACCAGGAAACCAUCCAGCAGCUUGAUAGCGAGCUGAGGAACACCAAGUGGGAGAUGGCGGCUCAGCUCCGGGAGUACCAGGAUCUGCUCAACGUCAAAAUGGCCCUGGACAUCGAAAUUGCUGCCUAUAGGAAGCUCUUGGAAGGGGAGGAAUAUCGGAUUGAGUCUGGCUUUGGGAUGGUCUCCUUCCCCGAGGUGGUCCCCAAGGCUCCCAGCAUCACCACCGACAUCAAGGUGAAGAGUGAGGAGAAGAUCAAGGUGGUGGAAAAAUCUGAGAAGGAGACUGUGAUUGUGGAGGAGCAGACAGAGGAAAUCCAGGUGACUGAGGAGGUCACAGAGGAGGAAGAGGCUGAGAAAGAGGUUGAAGAGGAGGAGAAGAAAGAAGAGGAGAAAGAUGAAGCAGAGGGUGAAGAGGAGGCCAAGUCUCCUGCAAAAGAGGAGGCCAAGUCCCCAGAGAAACCCAAGUCUCCCUCAAAGGAGGAGGCCAAGAGCCCUCCUGUCAAGUCCCCUGAAAAGCCACCAACCCCCUCAAAAGAGGAGGCCAAGAGCCCAGCAGUGAAGUCCCCAGAGAAACCUACACCCCCUUCAAAAGAGGAGGCCAAGAGCCCAGCUGUGAAGUCUCCAGAAAAACCUGCAACCCCCUCAAAAGAGGAGGCCAAGAGCUCAGCUGUGAAGUCUCCAGAAAAACCUGCAACCCCCUCAAAAGAGGAGGCCAAGAGCUCAGCUGUGAAGUCUCCAGAGAAACCUCCAACCCCCUCGAAGGAGGAGGCCAAGAGCCCAGCGGUGAAGUCCCCGGAGAAACCUGCAACCCCCUCAAAAGAGGAAGCCAAAACCCCCUCUGUCAAAUCCCCAGAAAAACCCCCAACCCCCGCUAAAGAGGAGGCCAAGAGCCCAGCUGUGAAGUCUCCAGAGAAACCUCCAACCCCCUCGAAGGAGGAGGCCAAGACUCCAGCUGUCAAAUCCCCUGAAAAGCCCCCAACCCCCUCAAAGGAGGAGACCAAGCCCCCAGCAGUGAAGUCCCCAGAGAAACCUGCACCCCCCUCAAAAGAGGAGGCCAAGAGCCCGCCUGUCAAGUCCCCAGAGAAACCCCCAACCCCUUCUAAAGAAGAGGUCAAGCCCCCGGCUGUGAAGUCCCCGGAGAAACCUGCAGCUCCCUCAAAAGAGGAAGCCAAAACACCAUCUGUCAAAUCCCCAGAAAAACCCCCAACCCCUUCAAAAGAGGAGGCCAAGAGCCCGGCUGUGAAGUCCCCAGAAAAGCCCCCUACCCCCUCAAAGGAGGAGGCCAAGACCGUGAAGUCCCCCGAGAAAGUCAAAUCUCCCAUGAAGGAGGAGGCCAAGUCUCCACAGAAGGAAGCAGCCCCGGCCAAGGAGCCCACCCCCUCCCCUCUGAAGGAGCCAAAAGGUCCUGUUAAGGAAGAGCAGCCCAAGGAGGUGAAGGCUCCCUCCAAGCCCAGAGCUGAGGAGGGCAGGAAAGAGGAAGCUCCCAAGAAGGACAUCCCUGCCAAGAUGGAGGAGAAGCCCAAAGAGAAGGUGACUGCUGGGCUGGAGCCUGCAGCCCCACAGGUGAAGGAGACCACCAAGCCAGGCCCCAAACCCACAGAAGAAGGAAAGGCUGAGAAGGAGGCUCCACCAAAACCUCAGCAGGAGGUUGGCAAAGUGGCUGUGAAGGAGGCUGAGAAGCCAAAGGCCAAGGAGAAGGUGGAGGAGCCCAAGAAGGAGAAGGUGGAGGAGCCCAAGAAGGAGAAGGUGGAGGAGCCCAAAGCUAAAGCGAAACCCAAAGAUGAACCCCAAGCCAGUAAAGAGCCUGCCAAGGCUGAGGCCCCCUCCAGCAAAGAGAGCAAAGCCCCAGAGCCAGCGCCCGCUGUGGGGAAGAAGUGA